CUUGUAAGAUAGAUAAGAUCUUGGCUUUGGGCUUUUCAAAUAACCUAUUCACCGUUAAAAUUUUCAAAAUAUGCGAUAUGUCCAGGUCAACACCACUGAACUGUGUAGUUGACACUGUGGUGCAACGUCCAGGGCCAUAAUCUGAGCACCCUAACAGCAUAAAUUCUAGAAAAUCAGGAACAUUUGGAAAAGGGGGGGGGGAGGAGGCUCUGGGCUGCAGGUUAGUGCAGAGAGUAGACUUAACACACAGUCCAGAUGGUCUAAGGUGUUUUCUCUUCUCAACCGAAAAUAUAUACAACUCAAUGAGAAGGACCAGUAGACAGUAACCUGUCACUGGAAGUAGAGAUCUAAAAAUUAGGUGAGCUUUCAAUCAUUUUUGUACCCUUCUUUUUCUACCAUCCUCCUAUUAUGCUCAUCGUGAAGAUCCUUUAAGUUUUUCCCCAAACAAUGAUUUUUGUUUCCUCGAUUGUCGAAUGAAUCUUGCCUUUUGAGUAAUGAAUUUUAGUAGGACUGUCUUUUGCUAAAUUAUCUGCACAAAGAAGCUGGCAGUAGAAGGCACUUGCUUUUUCAGAGUAUUAAAAGUUUAAAAGUAUUCAGUUCAAGUUUUAAAGUAUUUAAGUUUUCAAAGUUUUUGAAAGUAAAUUACUGCCUGGAAUAUCGUACUCGCACCCUUUUGCUGCAAAGGAUGAAGUUGAUCUAGUAAUUUAUGGAUACUUUCUCCCCUGAUAUUCAAGGUCACUCCAGGUAAACAAACUUUGUAAGGAUUCUGACGGAUGAGUCUUCGUUGUCAUGGCAACCAGCAUAAAUACCUAUCUCAUUCACCUCUGUACCCUAAGUCCAUUCACCUCUCAAACUCAUGUGGAGUAUUAUCUGUGAACUGCAAAUUUUUAUUUUUUUGUGUAAUUGGUGCCAGAGGUAUUCUACUUGAUUUGUUAGCUGCUCGGUUUCAACUUCGCGCUGCCCUGUCUUUGGCACCCCUAAAGCUGCCAAUGAGAUUACUAUUCAAGAGUAUCUUGACAUUACACCACGCAUCAGAGAAUGAUAAUGUCGAGCAGUUUUGUGAAAAGUAGUGUCUGUAAUGUCGAUUUGCAUAUUGUUCAGAAGUAUGAUUUGAAGCGUCGAAUUGGCAAAGGGGCCUAUGGUAUCGUCUGGAAGGCUUUUGAAAGAAAGAAUAAAACACCAGUUGCUGUUAAGAAAAUUUAUGAUGCCUUUAGAAAUCCGACUGAUGCUCAAAGAACCUUUCGUGAAAUUGCUUAUCUCCAGGAAUUCCGUAAUCAUCCCAAUAUUGUGAAACUAUUAAAUGUUCAUCGGGCCAACAACAAUACAGACAUUUAUCUGGUAUUCGAAUAUGUUGAGACUGACCUUCACAAGUGCAUAAAACGUGAAAAAAUAUUGCAAGACAUCCACAAACGGUUUAUCAUCUAUCAGCUGCUGAAGGCGUUAAAAUAUAUCCACUCAGGAAAUGUAAUUCAUCGAGACCUCAAGCCACCGAAUAUUUUGAUAAACAGUCAGUGCCAUUGCAAAAUCGCUGAUUUUGGUCUUGCCAGGUCAGUGGCGCCUAAUCAAAAUGAGGAUGAACCUGUGCUGAAAGCCAUGCUAACAGAUUACAUAGCAACUCGGUGGUAUCGUGCACCAGAAGUUUUGGCCGCCUCAAAGACUUACAGCAAAAGUAUUGACAUGUGGAGUGUUGGCUGCAUUCUAGGAGAAAUGCUUCUUGGCAAGCCCUUGUUUCCUGGAUCUUCAACUGUGAAUCAACUAGAACUUAUCAUCAACACUCUGGGACCUGUCUCACCCAACGAUGUGGAUAGCGUUUGUUCUGGAUACGGAAGCUCUCUUUUGAAGCAGGCUCCACCCCCCUCCAAAGUUACUUCUCUGUCAAGUUUGCUCCCGACUGUCUCAGCUGAUGCUUUAGAUUUACUCAAUCGCUUUCUAACCCUUAAUCCAAACCAUCGAAUUACUGCUGCUGAUGCUUUAGAGCAUAGCUAUGUCCAAAUGUUUUCCGAGCCGCUUGGAGAGACUUCUCUAGGCCAUUCUGUAAUCCUGCCUGUCAGAGAUGAUGUCCGCCUCUCAAUCGACUAUUACCGCAACAAAAUCAAUGAUGCCAUCUCGCAAAAUGAGGAACGCCAGGCACGCAAAAUCAGGUCUUGCAGCUCGGAUCCUUGUGUUAACAAGAAAUCUUUAGAGCCUCUGCUUUCCAAUGUGUAUUCAACUAUGCAAUAUGAAAACGCAACAAGUCACAAAUCUACCAGCAAGAAACGGCAAGCUGGCUACUUACAUUGCUUAACCAACAAUUUAACUGCUGCAGACAUUCAGCCAUUGAAACAUCCAGCAACGCACCCUCCACAUAGGACCUCAAAACUUGGUCAUUUGAAACAUUCUAGUGAUGGAGAAGCAAGUCUAAAGUCGUUGAAAUCAAAAUCAUUACCUCCUCCAACUGAUUCAAUUUUACCUGCCAUGGAACGGACUCCAAACCAAGCUGCAUUUUUGAAAAACUUAGGCAAAACUUACCUAACAUCAAUUCAAGAAUAUGCCUCAAUGACGGGAAUAUCUCAGGCGGCCCUAGCAAAGAGUGAAAACAAGUUGAAUGAAAAACUGCUGCUUCCGAAAACAAAGUCAUUGAGUCGAGCCAAGUCUUUAUGCCCUGUGUAUAGGCAUCCGCUAGAGGGUAAAAAAAGUAACGUUGAUGAGAAUGUAGCAGCUGAUAGAAGUCAGAUUAAAUCAUGUAAUUUUAAGCGAGGGGUUCAUGUAACUUCACUCCAGAAGAACAUAUCAUCUUUACCAGUUCAAGUUUCCAGGAAAAAAAUGUCCUCAACUGUUCUGUAUCCGUACCUGAACCCUGCAGUCACUAGUUUCAAGUUACCGGCUGAUAUACAGAACUACAACCUUUUGCUCAGUAAAAAUGGAGGUUGAAGAUUUUUUCCCUCCAGAUUUAUCGGAAGUAUUCUAACAUAUCACGUUCUUCAAAGUCUUUUUUACAUGAUUCCCAUUGUAAUAUCCUCAAUUUUUCAUUUUUAUAUUUUUCUAUCAUUAUUUUUUGAUGCCUUUUAAAUUUAAUGAACAGAACUCUUUUUCCCCAUCUAGUGAAAUUGUAUUUCCACAAAAUUCCAUAAAAGUUUUUUAUGUCUUGUCAUCAAGGUGGGGACUUUUUUUGCAUCAACUAUUGAAUCCUUUUGAUUCUUAAGUUAAAGAAUUAGGUACCUUUUUGAGGUUUUUUUUCAAUAAUCACUUUAACUACAACUGAAAUUGUUUAGACUCCGUCAAUGAAGUCUUUUUGAGUAAGUAUAUUUCUCCUCCUUUUUUCAUUACUUCUUAAACUCAAGAUGCUUAACAGCAAUGUUUAUCGUAUAUAAUCUCAACUGGAACCGACUUAACUGCUCCAGAUUGUUGCCUAAUUUCUUUUCAUGUUUUCUUUUUCUGGUAGGAAACCGAGAAAAUCUCACUUGAAAUUCUAUGAGUAGGUAUUUAUUACAGAAUACCUUCAUAGUAAAAGAAUGGACACUAGGUUACAUGGAGCUCUUGGGAUCCAAAAAAAUGGCCGCAACUCUGGGAUAGGAGAAGAAAAAUGAGAGAAAAUUAGGCAGCAUGAAAUGUAGUCAGGCAUCUUCUGUUUGUUCCAAUUUUAGAAUGAGUAUUUCAGGCAUUCUUGCAACUCCUUUUUAAAAUAAAAUAGCAUUUUUGUACUUUUAA